AUGGGUCUCAACUUUCGCUUUCUCGUCAACGUAGGCCUUCUGGGACUGCCCAUUGCUGUCACCCUCGGCAUCCUCUUCGGCCUCGAUCAGCAUCGUUCGGCUACGGGCCAGCCUCCUCUCUGGUCACCCCCAGGACCUCCGAUCAACAAUGGCAUCACGGAAGAAACAUACUGCCAGCGGGCGUUUGGUAUCCAUCCCGAGUCCAAGGGCCAGGAGUACACAUUGAACCCCAACCAGUGGGGAUGGGAAGAGGGCGAACCGGGCAGCCUCUGCAUGAACGUGACGUCCUUCAACAACCAAACGUACGCCACCAAGACGACAGCCCCCGAGUUCUCCGUCACCUGGGAGUACCCGCGCGGCCCCGAGUCGGCGCCCGUCCACGCCUUCCCCAACAUCAAGGUCGAGGGCGACGUCUUCCCGGCGACGCUCAGCAGCCUGACCGAGGUCAACGUCGAUGUCGAGUGGACCUACGGCCUCGGCAACGACACGGUCGACAAGACGGACGUGACGGCCCUCGAGGCCAAGGAGGUCAACACCAACGUCGCCAUCGAUAUGUUCCUCGACAGCGACAAGACGACGGCCAAGGACAGCACCAAGGCCGCCUUCGAGGUCAUGGUGUGGCUCGGCGCCAUCGGGCCCGCCACCCAGCCCAUCGGCCUGCCCGAGGGGUCCGUCGCCACCGACUCGAUCAACGGCACCGACUUCAAUCUCUACGUCGGCCAGAACAGCUUGAAACAGCACGUCCUGACCUGGGUCGCCAAAGACACGACGGAAAAGUUCCACGGCGACCUGAUGCCGCUCGUCACCAAGCUCAUGGGCAUGACGGGCGCCAACUUUCCCAAGACGACGGAUUACCUCGGCUACAUGGGUCUCGGUUCCGAGGCCCUGUCGACGAGCGAGCCCGUGACGUUCUGGGUGCCUGAGCUGUCGAUUGACAUCCGGACCACUCCAUAG